UUAGAUCACAUUACAGGUAGCUAAUAUACAGUACAGCAGAUAUUAUACAAUGGAAAUGUGAAUAUUGCCUUUUAUGGGUUUUUUUAUUUCAUAACCACUGAUAUCUUUUCUCUUGUCAUUUCAGAAUCAUUUGGCAAAUAAUUCAAACAAUUUACAACUACAUAUAUGACAAAAUCUUUAGAUUCGCUUAUUUUAUCAGUUCAAAGCGCAUCCAACAUGAAACAGAUCAGUACUUUUUUGAAAAAGCGGAUAUUGAAAAACAGGAUGAAAAGCUUGAUGAACCGGAUUUCCCUAAACUCGGCAAAUGUUGCUCAAUACUUCUUAUUAUUGCACUUGCUUUCCUUAUGGCAGUGAGUAAUACGGACAACAUCAUUUAUAAAUCUGUCCGUCCCUACAUAGAAGAGGAAUUCGAAAUAACGGACUUUUAUUCGUCAGUUAUAACUCUAAUGUUUGUUGGCAGCUGUGCAACCAUGGCCCCGAUAUUAUUUUAUUUCUGGAGUACCUUCACCGGACUAAGAGUAAUAUCAGGAAUUGUCGCCGUAAUGGUCAUGUUCGGCAUUGGCAGUACUUUAGUUUCAGAGAAGUCAUUCUGGACGUUUGUGUUACUUCGAAGUCUCAUGGAAUCCGUAAAAAGCCAUUAUUUAGCUGCUGCUCCAAUGCUGGUAGCAGAACUUUUUGAUACUGACCAACGACGUAAAAUGCUGACCUUACUUUACAUUCUCAACACUAUUGGAACUUUUGCGGGGACCUUUAUUGGAACGUAUGUAGCCAGCGUAAUAGGAACCGACUGGCGUAUGGCACUGCGGAUUGCACCUGUACUUGAUGUGGUGGCUCUUGUGCUUCUAGCAGCAGUGAUGAGAAAGCCAGGUCGAGGUGGUUUUAUGUUGAAGGCUGAAAUAUAUCAGAAGAGAACUAAAGUUUACUCUGAUAUUUUUGAUCUGAUUUUAAACCGCUGUUUGGUCUUUGCUGUUUUGGGUUAUGCAGCUAGUAUGUUCAUUGCUAAUAGCAUGUAUACAUAUGCUCCGAAUGUACUGAGAAAUGCUCGCAUGAUGUCAGAUAAUCACCAGCCUUGUCUGACAGUUGACUGCACCUUCGAUGACAGAUUGAUCUACGGAUUGUGCAAAUGUCUUGCUACUGCAAUCGGCAUUAUUCUCGGCGUGAAGAUCAAUGCACAUUAUAAAAAUCGGAAUCCACAUGGAGAGCCAGUUGUGUGUAUCGUAGCACUUCUGGUCUCUGUCCCACUUAUGUGCUUUGGAUUAUUUUUUGUAGGAAUUAGUUCUGUCGUAUCCCAAAUUCUCUUCUUCCUAAAUGGGAUUUGUUUGGCUAUGAACAAGGUCCUUAUCAACGAAAUCAUCAUGAUGGUAGUGUUUCCAAACCGCCGCGCUUGGUCAUUUACUGAAAAGUCAAUAAUAGGAUUGCUUGGAAAAGAAGGAGGCGAGAAAGAACAUUUAUGGGUAAGUGGCUGUUUAGUUUUUGAAAAAUUGCAAGCUCUAGUAAAUAGGGUUAAUAACCUUUUUGUCGGAUGGAAAUGGACGUGUAGUAUCUUUAAAUUUAUGAAGAUAAACUACUCAGAAUCUGACCUGAUACAGAAUCACGCAAUGGAAUUUAUCCUCUACAUUUGUCCAUUUAUGGCUUUGGUCGGAGCAGGAUGUUUCUGUGUAACAGCAAAAUACUUUGAAUAUUAUAAGCAAAAUGUAGAAGACUUUAUGAAUACACCAUUCACAGAUGUAGAACAACCCUUGGAUACGGUGGAAUCAUCUGAUACAAAGUAA